ACGAAGCUAGUAGCGACCUUUAGCCUCAGCAGCAGGUUAAUAUUUCUACUGCGGUGAAGUUAGCUUGAAGUUGGACGUUGGAUAUUCGACAGACAUUGGUUUACACGGUCAGCGAUAAGCCUUCAUGCCGUGCACUGCGGCACAGACAGCGGUAACCUGAGUUCCGAGGACUCGCUAAUGGGAACGGUGGUUCACUUAGGGGCUAUCAACAAAUUUGUAGUCCGUUGUAAACGAGUACAAAAAAAUUAAAAGCUUCCAGAAUAACUUGCUAAAUGACUCAAUUACUUCUGACUUGUGUUACUAAGCUACAUUUACAAGACACAACAGUUUUAACACAUUUCACACAAUCUGAUCUUUUUUAUUAGGAUUUUAUUCCAAAAUCAAGGGAUUUUUUUUCCAAUAGCUCCUAGGUAAAUUUGUCUAAAUCCACAAAACCAUUUCUCAAUGAUGUUACUAAGCCAGACCGAUGAGACACAGCAGUUUUCAUCACAUUUCACAAGAUCUGAUCUUUUUAAUUAGGAUUUUCAUGAAAAUUUCUGUGAUUUCUUUCAAUACCUCUUAGGUUAAUUGAUUUUAAUAACCUAAACCAUUUUUCAACGAUGCUACUACGCCAGACCAAUACGACACAGCAGUUUUUAUAACAUUUCUCAAGAUCUAACCUUUCUUAUUAGGAUUUUUAUCAAAAAUUAAGUAUUUUUUGUCAAUAGCUCCUUGGUAAAUCAGUCAAAAAACUCAAAACCAUUUCUCAGUGGUGUUACUAAGCCAGACCAAUGAAACACUGCAGUUGUUUUCACAUUUCACAAGCUCUGAUCCUUUCUAUUAGAGUUUUUAUUAAAAAAUAAGUGAUUUAUUUCAAUAGCUCUUAAGCUAAUUGCUGUAAAUACUCAAAACCAUUUCUCAAUGCUCAGCAACACAGCUUCAGGCUAUUGCAAUUAAAAUCUUUGACCUCAAUCAAACCUCUCCUCCCACAAAUUCUUAGGUGGUAUGCUCUUCUUCCUCCUGUCUUGGAGUGGGGUUCUCGUCGAUGGUAACCUUUCUCAAUCAGAACAUCCCUCGUCACCACCUGGCUUGAUAUCAAGUUGUAGUCAAAGUUGUAGUCAAUCGCAUUGGUACGCAGUCCAUUUCAUUUCAGUUGGCCUCGUGUUUCAGGUGAGCAUUUUCAUCAGUAAGUGACGAGGCCAAAUUCUCUCUAGUCAUGUGCCACGAUGGGGUUUAUGUUUUAGUAUUUCACAAAGACAAACAUCACAGCCACCAAGGCUCUGGUCAGCACAUUUGGCGAGAUGAGUUUGGGGUCCUUGCAGUUCUUGAGCAGCAUCCGGCCUCUGGUGGUCUUAGUGUUCAAGGGCGAGGUCCAUGGUUUUCAUUUGUAUUUCUUUCUAGCUGAAAUGGCUAUCGCGUAUUUCCUUUAUGUAGUAGUUGAGGUAGGAAACUACUAUAUGACACCUCUAGGGGGAGCCAGUGCUCCAUUCUGGUAGUACUGUUUUAGCUAGGUCCGGGGCACUUCCGGUUGUGGGGGUGUAACGUAAGCUGUGGUGCUUUCGGUGUGAUGAGCAAUAAACGAGGUUCAACCAAGACUCUACUCUCUGGAUGUAAUUGUGUCUACCUGAGGAUAUUACACAAUUGGCGACGAGGAUAAAGUCUGGUGUGGUUCUCUGCGUCGGGAAUAGACGGCCAGUCGGUCCGGACGUGUUGGGAGCGGGACAUCUACUCGCCUUUGGACGACACAAAGGGGGAAAAUGGCGGCGGUGAUUGGGUCGGUGAGUCCGUUUGACGGCGACUUACAGUCAUGGGAAGAAUAUAGCGAAAUGCUUGACUUUUUCUUCGAGGCUAAUGAGAUAACGGAUACUGAUAAGAAGAAAGCUGUGUUGCUGAGCGGUGUAGGUCCGGCUACCUACAGCUUGUUAAGAAACCUGUUGAGCCCGGAGGCACCGAAAGACAAGACGUAUGUACAGUUGACGCAGACACUGCGGUUGCAUUUCAGUCCUAAACCAAGUGAGAUUGUACAGAGGUUUAAGUUUAAUUCACAGGUGCGGCGGCAUGAGGAGUCGGUGGCAGAUUAUGUGGCUGAGUUGAGGAAACUGGCCCAGCACUGUGACUAUGGAGCGGCUUUGCCACAAAUGCUGAGGAACAGGUUGGUGUGUGGAGUGAAUGAUGACAGGAUGCAGCGCCGGCUAUUAUCUGAAGUGGACCUGACGUUUGACAAAGCUCUUACGUUGUGCCAGGCCAUGGAGUCUGCCUCUAAGGAUGUUCGGGACUUGCAGGAGAUAUUGGGGGACGAGGUGACUCCAGCUUCUCGUGUGUCAAGGAGUCAGGGGACAGUCCACAAGAUUUUAAUGGACAAGGCUCAGCUGAAAAGUCUGAGCUGUUUUCGUUGCAACGGCCGACACUUGGGCACUGAGUGCAGGUUUGCAGCUGAACGAUGUCACGGUUGUGGCAAGAGGGGUCACAUUAAAAGAGCCUGCAGGUCCAAGUGGGGUCCUCAGGAGAAACAAAAAAAGGGGCCCCUGAGCAAAAAGGAGGGACGGAGAGACCCAAAUAGAGGCAGUCAGACGCAUUUGUUGAGAACAGAGGGGGGGAGUGACGCUGAAGAAUCUGAUGGCAUUAAUACCAUUUACAAUGUGUCGGGUGGCCUACCAAAGGUCGCUCCCAUCACUCGCAUGGUCAGCAUAAAUGGCUUGGCCGUACUGUUUGAGAUAGACACAGGAUGUGGGGUGACCAUUUUGAGCAAACAAUAUUCUCUGCUUUGUAACAAAACUGCCAAAUCGGGUCUAAGCCCAUGCUCACUAAUCUUGAAAACGUAUACAGGGGAAAAGCUGGGAGUCCUGGGAAUGGCGCAAGUGGAGGUAGAGGACCGGAAUGCUCGUAAAACACUACCUUUGGUUGUAGUGGAUGGGGCUGGACCAAACCUGCUGGGGCGCAGCUGGUUACAGGAGCUGUCGAUGGCAGAGCAGCUGGUAAACAACGUAGGGCUGGCGCCCACAGAAACCAGAUGGAUCCAUUAGAAUUUGU